AGUGGAGAUCGCCAACCUCUGUUGGUCGACGAGCAGAGAUGUCAUCUCAUCCUUCGCACUCUGCUUCCUCUUCUCCUCACCCGUCCGCCUGCAGGCAGACCGGGUAUGCCGGCCACCUGUUCAUGGCCUCAAGAUAUAAGCUUACCCAGCCAUCUCUUCUCUGCUCGAACCUUUUCUCCUUGUUUCUCCAUCCUCUUGCAGCCCUCACCAGCCUCUCUCCAUCUCCCAGCCAACCACAUAUACGUGAUCUUGUGCUAUCAAGUAACUCGUUCGUUAAGGUUACUUAAGAGACUCUCGCUCAAAUCAAAGCUCUCGCUUCCUCCGCCCAUCGUUUCAAGAGUAUCUCUCGUUUGAUUGCUCUCAAUCUCACCUUCACCCGCAGCCAUGAAGUUCACUACUGCUCUGCUGGCUCUGGCCGCCACUGCCCUUGCAACCGAGGACCACGACUGGGGUAAGGAUAAGACCAAGACUAUUGUCACGGAAGUCCUGACCACGUACACGACCGUGUGCCCUGUUACAAUCACCAAGCCCGGCGAACACACCACCCAGUACGAGACCAUCACAACUACCUCCACUGUCGUUGAGAAGCACCCCACGACGAUCUAUGAGACCCUUCCAGGCGCCACUGAAGUCGUGACGGAAAUCGACACCGACUACACCACCUACACCACCUACUGCCCGAUUACGGAGACGAUCGUUGGAGAAGGCACCACCAAGACUGUGGUCUACACCACACUCAGUACCGUCGUCGAAAAGAAGCCGACCAAGAUCAUCGAGACCGUUCCCGGCCCCACGGCCGUAGUGACGGCCACGGAUGUCCAGCUUACCACCCUCACCAGCCUCUGCCCGGUCACUGAGACCUACACCGAGGGCGGCAAGACCUGGACCAAGACGUACACCACCACGUCCACCAUUGUGACUCACGUUCCUACCAAGGUCUGGCAGACUGAGAAGCUCCCUGACGUCACCAAGACGGAGAAGGACGUUGAAUACACCACCAUCACUUCUCUUUGCCCUGUGACCGAGACCAAGACUAUCGGCGGAGAGACAGUUGUCGUCACUUACACGUCUACCUCAACCAUCGUCACGGAAGUUCCCACCAAAGUGGACGUCUGGACGACCGUAAAGACCACUCAGCAUCUCUCAACGGAAGUCUACGAGACCAUUACAAAGCCUGUGACGACAUAUCAGACCAUCGAGCACGGCGAGACGGUUUGGAUCACUGCCACGGGCACCAAGACCAUUACCGUCGAGAAGGUCCACACCUUGACGGAAGUCAUCGUCGAGACCAAGACGGCACACGUCGAGGUCACCCAGGCCGUGACCGUUGGCGGCGAGAGUGUCGUAACGCAAAAGUCAUGGGUCUACAUCACCGUGUCGGGAACUGUGUACGCUACGCAGACCCGGCCCGCCAGCACCCUUGUCGUCCCUACAACAAGCGCCGUGACCCUUCCCCCGGUCACGGUGUCGAGCCAGGCUCCAGUCGUUGUGCCCACCGCUGCCGCCGACGCCCGCAGAGCGCCGGGAGCUGCCUUGCUGGCUGGUCUCUUUGGUGCCGUUGCGCUCCUCUAGACAUUUGGUCCUGGAGGAUGGAUCAUCUGUUUCUGGACUUUUCUUUCUCUUACUUUACUUCUCUGAGGGCAAUGAUGACCUCAUUUCUACACUAAUGCCCGUCUCUUCUGGACGAUCGGGCCUUUAAUAGUGGAUCACCUCCAUACGACUUUGACGACAAGCUCAAUGCUACGACGGCACGGAUAUACAGAUAUACCCCUUACACUCACUGAUGAUCAACCGGUAAAAGGAAGGACUGGAAUGAUGAGAAGGAACACAUGG